AUGUUUGUGAUUCCGAAAGCCCCCAUAACCGUGCCCAGCAUGAAUCCGUGGGAAUCCCAUGCCAUGGCGCAUAAUUUCCCCGGCGAAUCCUCGUCCGGGGAUGACAAGAAGCAAUCCCAAUUCCAGCCUGGGCAGGACCCCAUCAUCUAUCCUGGCCUCUACGGUCCCAGCGGAAUAGACAUCAUGUCGGUUUUGUUCAGCGUGUUCGCUCGCCCGAAUCCCCAAUUCGAGCUGGGUCCUGUAGAUUGCUCUGCAGCCCUGACCGUCAGCAACCUUGAUCUUCCUGGGAACCCUAUCAUAUACGCCAACGAGGCCUUUUCACAGUUGACUGGUUACACCAUCAAAGAAGUUGUGGGCAAGGAUCCUCGGUUUCUUCAUUCGCCACAAAGCCUCUACCCUUCGCCCAACCAUCUACUCGACUACCACGGCGACGCCAUUCAAAAACUGGAUCAAGCGUUGACCGCUCGAACCGAAAUCCAGCUCUACAUUACCAACUACAAGAAGAAUGGCCAACAAUUCACGAACCUGCUUUCCAUGAUCCCCAUUCGCUUGCCCAACGACGAGACACAAUACUCCGUUGGCUUCCAUGUGGCUUGCGAUUAA